GCCCAUUUCCAGUGCUUAAAAACGGAAGGGGAUCCUUGUAGUUUUUUAAUGCCUUUAUGCGCGUUUAAUUGUGUUUCAGAAUUGCCUUUGUAAAUGGAAGGGGCACAAAACAGAACGAAGCAUGGAUACAAGCAGUUGCAGUUAGAUGCAAAAUUAGAGGAGUUCUUUCAGCCCCCCCCCCAGCUAAAUUCUGCGAUCUGCAAUUAGUAUGGGUUGACUUGUUAUCUUGUUGCAUGACCUGCUAUUUUGGCAAAUUAGCGUUUAGGGUGGCAUCUGUUUUAUGCUAUGUCUGUGAUACGCUAUAAAAAGCAUGACAUUUAAUACAUAAAAAGCAUGACAUAAUACUGGCCUUGUAGGCAAGGAUUUUUUUCAGCUGGAACUCACCAGAACUCAGUUCCGGCACCUCUCAGAUGGACACCAUUGCCAUUUUAAGAGAACAAGGGAGGUAUUAAUGACAAGUUCCAGCACCUCUUUUUCUAGAAAAAUAGCACUGCUUGUAGGCAUGUAUUAUUGUUACUUAGGUUGCUUCCAGAUGACCAGUCUUGGGCAUUCAAAAUUAUUUGUUUGCAGGAGGUUUCCACAGUGUUGUAUUAUUCCAUCUUCCUAUCACUUCCCUGAUUGCAAAGAGUCUGAUGGGGUGGGGAGGAGUAGUGCAAUAGUGCCAGACUAACUAACUGUAACCCAAAUUUGUAUGUGAUUGAAUCCCACCCCCCAAAACAGAGGCAGUCCAGAAGCACCCUUAACAUAUUAUGCAUAUGUCAUAGCUGUCUCUCUGUCAUUUUUAUCUUCAUAAGAACCCUGCAUGGUAGAUUAGGCUGAGAUAUAAUGACUAACCCAAAGUAAACCAGUGAGCUGAAUAGAGAUUUGAACCUGGGUCUCGCAAGUCCUAGCUUGAUAUCCACUCUCUUUAUAUCUACUGCCUGAGACUAACUAGCAACAAAGUAUUUCGUUAUAUACACUACACUACAACAUCUGGGACCAAGAAGAUAAAUACUAAUGCUGAUUUUUUUGCUAGCAGCUGAAUAUGGCAGUUCGGUUCCUUUGGAAGACAGUGGCCAUGGUGGAGAGGCACAGGACUGGUUUCCUGGCAGUUUCCUGUGCUGGACUCUUUGGUGCUAACCUGACUUUUCACAUCUUUCCUGAGGAGACAUUCAGACCAUUGUAUCAGGCUUGGGCCAAGGGGAAACCAAUGGAGCUCUCAGGAAAAUUACAGAUCCUGUUCCGUGACAUCAUCAGUGACGUCAGAGUAAAAUCAGCAAAUCGUUACCAAGCCUUCGUGGCCUACAGCUUCCACCCAGUGAGCGCUGGGCUUCCAUGGUUGCCUGCAGGCUGUGUCGUGGGCAUUCCUGCCCAUUUCAGUGGUGCAGCCAGUGAUGAUAACAGGACUGCCAGCCACGUUGUUAUGAUUGAAGGCAAAGAAGUGGACUGGGACAGCACAGAAGGCCUGGCCUUGAAGGAGGCCCUGACCCUUUCUCCGGAGGCUCAGAAGUUUGCCAUUGCAAGAGAGCUCAUGUACUUGCAAAGCAACGGACCCUUCAUAUGUGCUGCUGUUGCACCCAUUUGUUUAGCUGGGACUUGGAUUUCUGGGGUAGCCAUAAAGCAGCUCCUGGGCUUGUAUUCGGGUCCAGUGCUCUUACGAGGCCUUUACAACGUGGCUGUAAUGGCGAUUGGAUUUGUGGGCUAUUGUUUAUCGUACGACGCUGUGAGUCAGGCAAUGGAUUACAGGACAGACAGAAAUACAGCCUCCGUUUCCACCAGCUUUGCUAGAGGUGGAGUGGAGUUCUAUAAUAAAAUUCUGUCCCAGAACAAGAUUUUCCGCACGCUCAUGGGCAAGAAAGGAGAGCGGAUAUAUGCCCCAAGUGGCAAUCUUUUCCCAAGAUACUGGUUCAGAUUAAAACAUGCAUCAUACACUUCCAGAAGAGACUUGAUUAUCAAUAUUUUAAGCAUGCCCCAGGCAUAGGAGUAGAGGCACUGUUGAAUUUUGAGCUUGUAGAUUAUGUAUUCUCUUUGGAACACUGCAGCCUGGUUUCACUUUUCAUAUGAUUUCAUUAGCAUUUCAAUUAUUAUUAUUUGGGGGGCGGGGAGGAGAAGGGGCUUGAUUUUAUUUUCCCUCCCUGUCCUGGAUGCACUGGUUGUCUUUAAAAAUUAAAGCCUCGCUUCAAAGGUU